UCCGAAGUAUGGAGCCUGCAUCAAAGACGCUGCAGUACUGGAGGCUUUACCUGUUGUCACUGGUACUGGGAAUCGGAGGAUCCUUUCAGUAUGGGAUCCAAGUUUCUGUCGUUGCUUCUCCUGCAGAGCAUGUCCAGAGUUUUGUGAACUACACAUGGAUGCUGAGGUACGGCACGCCGGUGGAGGAGUACGCCAAUCAGCUCAUCUGGUCUUUCAUCGUGGCUGUGCUAAGUUUGGGAGCCUGGGCAGGAGCUAUCCACAGCGGCAGUCUUCCUGUUACUUAUGGCCGAAAAAAGGCUCUCCUGAUUAACGACAUUGUGGCAAUGAUUGCUGCCUUGUUGAUGCUUUUCAGUCGCAUGGCCAAGUCUUUUGAGAUGAUCUUGCUGGGAAGAUUUCUCUACGGAUAUAAUGUUGGUCUGGGCUUGAGUGUUCACCUGAUGUAUAUUGGGGAAAGUUCACCAAAGAAGCUCAGAGGUUUCAUGACCCUUUCCUGCUCAAUCUUUGUUGGUUUUGGGAAGGUCGUUGGCCAGAUCAUUGGCAUCAAAGAGAUAAUGGGAACUGAAGAAAUGUGGCCAUAUCUCUUGGCUGUUAGUGGUCUUCCAGCACUCCUGCAGUUUGUGAUGCUGCUGUUCUUCCCUGAGUCACCUCGAUACCUUUACAUUGAUAAAGGAGAUACUGAAGGCAGCAGAAAAGCCUUGCAGUGGCUGUGGCAGGAGGACGACUUGAAGCAGGAGAUGGACGACAUGCAGAAAGAAAGAGAGGGCGCACAGGGGGAGAAGGCCAAGACGGUGAAGGAUGUGCUGACAUCUCGCUGUGUGAGAUGGCAGCUGCUGACUCUCGCCAUCCCCUGCGCUGGUGUUCAGUUCUGCGGCAUCAACGCUCUGUACUUUUAUGCCUUUGACAUCUUCCGAGAGUCUGGAAUCCCUGAGGGUCAGAUGCAUUACUUGGCUAUUGGUAUUGGAGCAACAGAACUCAUCACAGUAACACUGUGUUCCUUCUUGAUAGAUCGUGCUGGUAGGAAGAAGCUGAUGGGGUAUGGUUAUCUACUGAUGGGGUUCACUAUGGUUGUACUUACUGUCACGCUGUCCGUCAAGGAGAUGAGCCCAAUGAUUCCAUAUGUGAACAUUGGCUUGAUAUUCUGUGUCAUUUGUAUUUAUGGACUUGGGCCUUCUGGAGUGUCUAUGGCUCUCCCUGCUGACCUCUUCCUACAAGCCUGGCGUCCGUCUGCAUACGUGAUCAGUGGGACCAUUAACUGGGUUGGCAUGUUCCUAGUUGGGAUGCUGUUUGGCUACAUAGUGGAGGGACUCGGGCAGUUCUGCUUCCUCAUUUUUGUGGUUUACAGUAUUUUCAGUGCAUUUUUUCUGUUGUAUUUUGUCCCAGAAACCAAAGGGAAAACUAUGGUAGAGAUCAUGAAGGAUUUCAACAAACUAAACUACAAGGACAGGGGGGACGAUGCUGAAAACACCAGUGUUGCAACCAAAUUUUAA